AUGGUCUUUGCAAAUGAUCGGAAAACAGUUCUCUCGUGGGAUUCAUGGCAGCACAUGUGCUCCAAUCUGGAGAAUCCCAUCGGCAACCCCCCUCCAAUCCACGCCGCUACCUUUGCCUCUCCCGUGAUCCAGUUGACAUCGGAAUUUGCCGCGCUCACGGAGGCAGGCGAAGUCUUCCAAUGGGGAGACGAGCUUCUGGAACAACCACCCGCUGUCCCCGACGAUGACGAAGGAUUUGGGCAAGCUGAAUUUGCGGCCCACCCCGAGACGGCUCGACUACAAGCCGCACAAACUGCCCCUUCCGCCCAUCAAAGAGCCAUCUACGGGUCGCGCUUAUGCUACUGCGAUCACACACACUGGCGACCUUUAUGUGAUGGGUUCGAAACGCGGGCAUUGCCGGACAUCAAAGAUGCCAAUCCCAGGAAGGCUCUCGAGUUUCAACCCGCGACCAUUCCUCCUGACAAGCUUGCAAAGACACAUAGUCUGCGAAUGAAGCAUGCAGCUGCGGGUGGCCGGCAUGUCGUAGCUGUCGCCACUGACGGAUCUUUGUGGUCGGCUGGCGAUGGGCUUUCUGGCCAGUUGGGCAUUGGGGUCAGACAGUUCGGGCUAUGUACCGCGGAUGGCGUGGUUGACAUGGGGGCCAAUGAGACCGAGGAGAAAUUUGCUGUCAAGUGGGAGAGAAUGGAGGUAGAAGCCCUCCGGGAUCGAGAAUGCGUGGCGGUGUUUGCGAAUGAGCAGCAAACCUUCAACUUCACUCGGAAUCCGGACUAG